AUGUAUGAGCCUUUUUACAGGAAUUUAUCCUUCACCCCGUACACUAGCUACCUCGGCGUUGGAAUAGGCGAUGUCGCCCGUGUCAAGCCUGCCUUAGCUGGGUAUAUUCCAACAAAGACUGAAGUUCGGGGAGGCGUUCACGCCUCAUCAGGUCCCCCUGAACACUUUUCAUGGACUCUUUCUGAUAGAGCCCAACUCAAUGAGAAACACUGCGAGCUUCUCAUACCCGUUGAGGUCGGAAAUCAGCCUUGGGAGGACUUGGUUGUUCGGGCUGCAACAUAUUCGCUGGGGCUUUUCUGUGCAGUCCCCUUGCGGCAGUUCUCACUAGUCCUAGCUUAUCAUCACGCGGACAGGCAUCUUCGGUUUCUAGUCUAUCACUCCGGCGGCCUUACAGCGUCCACGCCGCUCAAGAUAGACGACAGAGACGACUGUAAGGAGAUCCUUCGUCUGUUCUCUGCUAUCCUUACCUGGAGAACUCGAGGCGAUGCAGGAUUACCCGAAUGGUGUGAUCAUGCCGCUUGUUGCCUCCCUCGCGAAGACGGCGGACGUGAGACCAAACUUGGGAUCAAGGAAGUCCUUCAAAGCACGUUGGCCGUGCGAGGCCGACGUCCUGAGAUUUGGCGCCUAUGGGCUCGCGACGGGGCCUUCAGCUCUGACGUCACGCAAGGCAUCCUAGCUAGCAAAAAACGCAAAUCGGAAGAAGCUACUGCUUCGGAAGGUAAACGUACAAAACUCGAUGGCGAUGAUACCACCCUGCCAUCUGAUACCGGCACUACUGAAUUUAGCAGUGGUAAACUCGGGGCUGUUCGCGGUAUUUCCACUGUGCAGCCGGCAGCGAUCUCCUUCCAACAGAGCAAGGUUCGCUCCAUACAACAGGACAUUGAAACCCUCUCGAACGACGGAGAUAUCUAUGCG